CUGCAUUGUCACUUGUGGCAGUGAUGGAGAUGUUAGGAUUUGGGAAAACCUGGAUGAUGAUGAUCCGAAGUCCAUUAAUGUGGGAGAAAAGGCCUAUUCAUGCGCUCUAAAGAAUGGAAGAUUGAUCACAGCAGUAUCGAACAAUACUGUUCAGAUACAUACAUUUCCUGAAGGAGCUCCAGAUGGUAUCCUUACUCGUUUCACCAUGAAUGCAAACCACGUCAUCUUUAAUAGCGAUGGUACCAAAAUUGCUGCUGGAUCUAGUGACUUCAUGGUCAAAGUUGUGGAGGUGACAGAUAGCAGCAAGCAGAAAAUGUUGCGAGGACACGAUGCUCCCGUUUUAAGCCUGUCUUUUGACCCCAGGAAUGUUUACCUGGCAUCGGCAAGCUGUGAUGGUUCUGUCAGAGUAUGGAAAAUCGCAGAUCAGACAUGCACGACAAGCUGGCCACUGCUGCAGAAAUGUAACGAUGUGAUAAAUGCUAAAUCAAUAUGCAGGCUUGGCUGGCAACCUGGCAGUGGGAAGUUGCUGGCAAUUCCUGUAGAUAAAGUUGUUAAACUAUACAGAAGAGAAACCUGGGAUAGUCAAUUCGAUCUAUCAGAUACAUUCAUCACACAGCCCAAGAAUGUUGUGGCCUGGUCUCCUUGUGGGCAGUAUCUGGCAGCUGGGAGUGUGGAUGGGAGUAUGGUGGUGUGGAAUGUGGAAACCCAGGAGUGCAUAGACAGAAUGAAGCAUGAUAAAAAUUACUCAAUUUGUGGACUGGCAUGGCACCCCAAAUAUAGGCAAAUCGCUUAUACAGAUACUGAAGGAAAUCUGGGAUUGUUGGAAAAUAUUGGUGAUAGAAAGAAACCAAAUGACAAGGUUGCCAGUACAUUGACAAAGGACUACAAUGAUCUCUUUGAUGGAGAAGACGACGACUAUUUAAAUGGAGAUAUGAUUGAACCACAGUCUUCCCCAAAGGCUGGAGAUAAUGCCGAUGGUGCUGAUGAUGGUGACCUUAUGCCAACUGCAGGCCAUCUGAGACGGGCAAUAAUUGAUGAUGAUGAUAACUCACUAGAUAUUGGGAUGAUAAAAGCUAAUUCCAAUCUUCUUGAAAAGGAAGAUGACGAUGAUGAUCAGACUGGUGGCUUUCCAGCUUUACCACCAUCAUCUACACAACAGCCUUUCUAUGAUGGGCCAAUGCCAACCCCCAAGCAAAAGCCAUUCCAGUCUGGCUCCACUCCUGCACAUCUCAUGCAUCGCUUCAUG